AUGGGGAUCCGGAACCUGGCAUUCGCGGUCUUGAAUGUGCGUGGGUCUGGCCCGGAUUCUUUCCCUGGAACGUUAAUCGAGAUGUUACGAGAAAGCAAGUCCAAGCCAGCGUCCGAGCAGAGAGCUGCAAAGGGAAAGGUGGAUAUCAGUCUGGAAGCCUGGCGACGUGUCUCUCUUCCACUAGACAGAGGGCUUUCGGUUGCGGAGUUCGAGCGGUACCUUGAUACCUCUAUAUUCCCAACCUCAAACACAAUCUCUUCAUCUCCAGCCGAAUCUACAGACGUCGUUACGGAUGACACCCCAUCACCCACUGGCCAAAAGGCAAAGGGGAAAGCAGAGAAAGCCCCCUUUUCCCUUCCCAUCUACGCAACUCACGCGCACAGCGUCAUAUCCGCCAUGUUGGCCAAGUAUAACCCGACACACGUGCUGAUUGAGCGACAGCGAUUCCGGUCUAGUGGCGGGUCCGCGGUGCAGGAGUGGAGUUUACGCGUCGGUGUGUUUGAGGGGAUGCUUUGGGCUGUGUUGCAUUCCUUGAAGAUGCAGCAGCACCAGCAGCAAAGAUCGGCUCAAAAGAUGGGGCCGGAGGUUAUCGCGAUUGAGCCGGCGAGGGUGGGGAGAUUCUGGGGUCCUCCUACUACCUCUUCUGCUUCCGGCUCUGAUGUUGAUCCUGGCUCGGACGAUGGCACUGCAAAGAAAAAGAAGAAAACGGGCAGCAGUCGUGAAGGCAAGAAACUCAAAAUUGACCUCGUCGGAUCAUGGCUAGAGAACAAUCUCUUUUCAUUUCCAACCCACAGUGAUAGCGAAACUGUCCGGCCGUGGGUAGACGCUUACAUGGCGAAGUGGAAGAAGACUACCAAGCCAAGAGCAAAGUCCAAAACCAAAGCAGCCCGGUCAUCAGUGUCAGAUUUAGGUGCAGGUGCCGGUGCAGCUGACAUCGACAUUACCAAACUCGACGACAUGGCCGAUUGCCUCGUUCAGGGCGUGACGUGGCUCGAGUGGGAAGGGAUGAAGAAAAGGGUUGUGCGUGAUGGGAUAGGGGCCGUCGUUGUUGGUGUUGAUGCUCCGCCCUGA